AUGGAUUACGAAGCGCUGAAGGACCAAUGGAGUGAUGUGGAGGAUCGCGAUGGUAUCAGGCUCAGCUGGAACACCUUCCCGAGCACUCGCAUGGAAGCCUCCCGCCUCGUCGUUCCCAUUGCCGCCGUCUACACCCCUCUAAAGGAAAAGCCCGAUGCUCCAUUGCUUCAAUAUGAGCCCGUUACUUGCAAGCAGCCCUGCCGAGCUGUGCUCAACCCAUAUGCCACUGUCGAUGUCCGCGCACGAAUCUGGAUCUGCCCCUUCUGUUUGUCGCGUAAUCCUCUCCCUCCGCACUACAAGGAUAUCACGGAGAACACGAUACCGCCCGAACUCCACCCUCAAAGCACGACAAUCGAGUACCAAUUGGCACGACCGGCCCCCGCUCCCCCAAUCUUCGUCUUUGUCGUCGAUACCUGCCAGGAGGAGGACAGCCUGCAGGCUGUGAAAGACUCGCUCAUUAUGAGCUUGUCUCUUUUGCCGCCCAAUGCGCUGGUUGGUUUGAUUACCUUCGGUACAAUGGCUCAAGUUCACGAACUCGGAUACACUGAGUGCGCGAAGUCAUACGUUUUCAGAGGCGGCAAGGACUACACUGCCAAGCAGGUCCAAGAGAUGCUGGGCCUGGCCGGCGGCGUGCGUCCCGGUGUUCCCCCGCAACAGCCUGCCCGCCCUCCCCUUGGCCCGGCUGCUCGUUUCCUCAUGCCGGUUCAGCAGGCUGAGUUCCAGAUCACCAAUGUUCUCGAGCAGCUGCAGCGUGAUCCCUGGCCAGUGGCCAACGACAAGCGUCCUCUGCGCUGCACCGGUGUUGCCCUCAGCGUUGCCGUCGGUCUUCUUGAGACCUCCUUCCAGAAUGCCGGAGGCCGCAUUAUGACCUUCACUAGUGGUGCUGCCACUGAAGGCCCCGGCCACGUUGUUUCGCCUGAGCUGAAGGAGCCUAUCCGUUCGCACCACGACAUCGACCGGGACAAUAUCAAAUACUACAAGAAGGCUGUCAAGUUCUACGAUGCCCUUGCCAAGCGCGCUGCCAACAAUGGCCACAUUGUUGAUAUCUUCGCUGGUUGUCUCGAUCAAGUCGGUCUGCUGGAAAUGAAGAACCUCUCUAACUAUACUGGAGGUCACAUGCUUCUGACAGAUAGCUUCACGUCCUCGCAGUUCAAGCAAUCGUUCGUGCGCGUGUUUGACAAGGAUGCUAAUGAUAAUCUCUUGAUGGGCUUCAAUGCAUCCCUUGAGGUGCUCACAACUAAGGAAUUGAAGGUGACUGGUCUGAUCGGUCACGCCAUCUCCCUGAACAAGAAAUCGAGCUCCGUUGGCGAGACAGAGUGCGGCAUCGGCAACACCUGCGCGUGGAAGAUGUGUGGAAUGGACCCAUCCUCCAGCUACGGUAUUUACUUCGAGAUCGCCAACCAGGGUGGUCCAGCUGCUGUGCAGCCCGGUCCUCAGCGGGGUGUGAUGCAAUUCUUGACAUACUAUCAGCAUUCAUCUGGGCAUUACCACCUUCGGGUAACCACCACUGCCCGCCCCUUGAGCGGGCCAGCAGGUGACCCGACACUGGCGCAGUCCUUCGAUCAGGAGGCUGCCGCUGUCCUUAUGGCCCGUAUUGCAGUGUUCAAGGCGGAGGUUGAUGAUGGCCCAGAUGUCCUGCGCUGGGUUGACCGCAUGUUGAUCAGGCUUUGCUCCCGAUUCGCCGACUACCGGAAGGAUGACCCGACCUCAUUCCGGUUGGAAAAGAACUUCACCUUGUAUCCUCAGUUCAUGUUCCAUCUCCGCCGAAGUCAGUUCCUGCAGGUGUUCAACAACUCGCCCGAUGAGACUGCCUUCUACCGCCAUGUUCUGAACCACGAGGAUGCCGGUGAUUCUCUCGUCAUGAUCCAACCCACUCUCGACUCAUACUCUUUGGAGCAAGAAGGUGCCCAACCAGUGCUGCUGGACUCUGCUUCUAUCCAGCCAGCCCACAUUCUCCUCCUCGAUACCUUCUUCCACAUCCUCAUUUUCCACGGUGAGAUCAUCGCCGAAUGGAGAAAGGCCGGAUACCAUGAGCAAGAAGGCUACGAGAACCUCAAGAUGCUCCUUGAUCAACCUAAGGAGGACGCAAGGGAUCUCAUUGCCGACCGUUUCCCUCUACCCCGUUUCAUUGUGUGUGAUGCCGGUGGUUCUCAGGCUCGUUUCUUGCUGUCUAAGCUGAACCCGUCUACCACUCACACCACAGGCGGCUACGGUGGCGGUGUCUCAUCGCAGACAAUCUUCACUGACGACGUGUCACUCCAGACGUUUAUGGACCAUCUUAUGAAACUUGCUGUAUCUGGAACCAGCUAG